AUGCAAGCAGAAAUUCAAAAUAAUCUGAAGUAUUUCCCAUGGUUUAAGGAUUGUGUUGGAGCAAUUGAUGGUACUCAUGUAAGUGCAGUUGCACCAGCUCUAAAACAACUUGCAUAUAGAGGAAGAAAAGUAGAUGUAACACAAAAUGUAAUGGCUACAUGCUCCUUUAAUAUGAUGUUUACUUAUGUCUAUGCUGGAUGGGAAGGAACAACCAAUGACUCUCGAGUGCUUCUUGAUGCAAUUAGAAAAGAUGAUAACUUUCCUAUGCCACCACCAGGUAAAUACUAUGUUAUUGAUUCUGGCUAUCCAAAUAUGUCUGGAUUUCUAGCACCAUAUCGUGGUGAAUGUUAUCACUUGCGUCGCUUUAGAGGAAGAGGGAACCAUCCUAGAGGUGCGAUGGAGUUAUUCAAUUAUAGGCACUCAUCAUUGCGUAAUGUGAUUGAACGUUGUUUUGGACUUCUAAAAGUCAGGUUUCCAAUUUUGAAGUCAAUGCCUCCAUACUUUCUUGGAAAGCAACGUCGAAUACCAAUAGCAUGUUGUGCUAUCCACAACUUGAUCAAAAUGCAUUCUAUUAAUGAUAGAAUGUUUGAACAAUAUCCAGUUGAUGCCACACUUGUUGAAGAUAUUGAAGGAACUGAAAGCCAAUCUAAUACAAUAAUAGAAAACCAACAAGAAUGA